CUCUUCCUCCUCCUCCUCCUCCCAGCGAGCGCGAGCUCCAGCCGGCCAUAGCCAUCCCUCCCUCCCUCCGAUUCGAUCGCUCGCUCGCUCGCCGCCGCCUCGCCCCGCCCCCAGCCCAAUCCGAUCCGGCGGGGGGAGCGAUCGAUCCGGGUUGCGGCUCGGGGGAGCGAUGAGGAAGCGGGAGCGGGAGAACCCGUGCGGGAUCUGCGGGCACUACCACAAGUACGAGCUUGGGGAGGUGUGCGGGGUGUGCGGCCACCGCCCGCCGGCCCCCGCGCCGGCGUCGGCGUCGGCGUCCGCGGCGCAGGCGGCCGCGCCGAGGCAGGAGUCGGCGUUCCCGUCGGAGAUCCUCAAGGACUUCCUCUUCCUCGGCAGCUACGACAACGCCUCCCGCUCCGAGCUGCUCAAGACCAUCGGCAUCUCCCACAUCCUCAAUACUGUACCCUUAUGUCAAAACCUUUACCGGAAUUCAUUCACGUACCAUUGCCUUCAAGAUGAGAAGACUCUGCAGUUUGAUGAUGCAAUACAAUUUUUAGAACAGUGUGAGAGAGAUAAAGCACGUGUUCUAGUCCAUUGCAUGUCAGGGAAAAGUAGAUCUGCAGCAUUUGUGAUAGCCUUCUUGAUGAAGACCAGAGGCUGGAGACUUGCCCAGUGUUUCCAAUGGGUGAAGGAAAGGAGACCACAAGUUCAAUUGGCUGAUGCGGCGCAGCGGCAGCUGAUGGAAUAUGAGCAGAAGUUUUUUAGUUCCACUUUUGGCAUGCCUGCUCAGUCCUUUGCUCCAACAGAUUCGUUCCCUUCACUUGGAUUUGGUUUUCCAAAACCAUCAGGAGACAUCCAAGUGCCUAUCUUUAACCAGCAAGCUCCAGCAUCAAUCUUUGAGCGUGUAAGCCCAAACAACAUUCCUAGUAAUUUCACAUUUGGUGCUGAAAAAACUACCGAAGUGAAGCUCCCAGAUGGCAAUAACCUUGGUGUUGUCAACUCAUCUGGGGGUGAUAGCAUGAUGGACAGCUCCUAGUACGAUUUUUGCAUUGAUACAAAAGGAAUCAACUACGAAUUUAGUCAGGUUUCUCGGGAUGUUUUAGAUUUCUGAGAAGGAAAGUUGCAUUUUUUGUACAAGGAUUUCACAGUAUGUGCAAGCGUUUUGACCAUUGCAGUUCUGCGUUUUAACAUACAUGUAUGUGCUUUUCAUUGAACUUUCCAAGUGUAAUUCAAGUUAACUGAAAUUACGCGGGAGAGUUCGAGUAAAAGCUAUGCAUGUGUUUGUUAAAAUGUAAAGAUCUGUGGCUCUGAAGUACAGCUCAAAUACUCUAGAGGCUAAAUGUAAUCAUCAGGAAUGCUGUAACACCCAGAAAUGGUACUCCCAGGGCUACAAGAUGCCUGAGAAAUCUGGAAAAAUAGAGACACAGUUUGUUUGGAA